AUGGGCUCUACCUGGCGCCGCCCCGGGUGGGCGCGGCUGGCGCUCUGCCUCGCGGGCCUGGCGCUCUCCCUCUACGCGCUGCACGUGAAGGCGGCGCGCGCCCGGGACCGGGACUACCGCGCGCUCUGCGACGUGGGCACCGCCAUCAGCUGCUCGCGUGUCUUCUCCUCCAGGUGGGGCCGGGGCUUCGGGCUGGUGGAACAAGUGCUGGGUGCAGACAGCGUCUUCAAUCAAUCCAACAGCAUAUUCGGGUGCAUCUUCUACUCGCUCCAGCUGUUGCUAGGUUGCCUUCGGGGCCGCUGGGCAUCCCUCCUGCUGUUGCUGAGUUCCCUGUUGUCUCUCGCUGGUUCUGUCUACCUGGCCUGGAUCCUGUUCUUUGUGCUCUAUGAUUUCUGCAUUGUUUGCAUCACCACCUAUGCCAUCAACGUGGGCCUGAUGGUGCUCAACUUCCGGGAAGUCCAGAGACCCCAGGGCAAGGUCAAGGGGCACUGA